AUGGCCAAGGUGCCAAAACUUCAGCGCCCAUCAGACUUCGCUGCAAUGCCUGCUCCAGUUCCAGAACAGGAACAGCAGAUGUUCCAUGACCAGAUUGACAUGCAGAUCGAGGGCGAGCAGGAGCUGCCAUCAUUUGAGAAGAGAAUUGCUCUGUUCAGUGAAGAACAGCAAGCUCCACCACUGCCAACCUCAGAAAUUCCAAAGAAACCUAUUCAGACUGGCAAAGAAAGGCCAUCAUUUGUAGCACCUUUGAAGAACACAGAAGCCAGACAAGGUCAGAAGGUUGUGUUUGAAGUCAGAGUUGAUGGCAGGCCUGAACCAAUAGUGAAAUGGUACAGGGAAGACGCAUUGAUCGAGACGAGCCCUGAUUACGAGAUUACCUCAAGUAAUGGAGUACAUAGACUCACCAUCCAUGAAGUGUUCCCAGAGGAUUCAGGCAAAUUCACCUGCAUUGCUACCAAUGCUGAUGGAACGACAACCACAGAGUCUCGCCUCCAUGUUGAAGCUGCACCAGAACCCAUGGAGGUGACGCCUGCUCCAAGAGCUCCAGUCUAUGCACCACCUCCUCCUGUUACUCCCACCAAAGCAGCACCACCUGAGGUGGCUCCAAAACCAGCACAGAAGGCACCUCUGUGGCAACCUCCACCUCCGCCCGUUCCACCAGCAAACAUCCCGCCAUCAUUUGUCCAGCGACUCAAUGAUGUGCGUCUGGUGGAAGGAACUAACACCAAGUUGGAGUGCCGUGUGCUGGGCAAGCCCUUCCCACAAGUGUCAUGGAAGAAGGAUGGCAUGCCAGUGUAUGAAGGCCCAAGACACAAGAUGAUCAACGAUGAAAGAACAGGGCGUUGUACCCUCCUGAUCUCUAAGAGUUUCUCGGAUGAUGAAGGCGAGUACACCUGCACUGCUACCAACCCUGCUGGGGAGGUAUCCACUACUGCUAGGCUGCUGCCAGAAGGACCUCGCUUCAAGGAGGUGCCCACUGAUGUUCAGCCAAGCCCUGUCCAGGAGAUGGUGCUGGCUGCAGAUCAAGCUGCUCCUCGUGCCGAGAAAGACAGGGAGUUCUACAUCCCUCCCGGCAACGGCAGCUGGACCGUAGAGCCAUCGAGAGACUUACUUCAGAACCUGAGGAUGAACCAAUGCCCUAUGAAAGAAGAGUCAGCGAAGCUGAUUUCAAAGUUUCCUCAUUUGAGAGACGUCUAAUGACUGAGAUCGAGUACCGCGAGGGAAAGAUCCGCUUCAACAGUGAGACAGAGACCGAGUAUGACACAGACCAGCCAGAGGACAGAGUCGGGGCCAGCACAGACCAUGGCUCCACAGAUCUCACAGACCCUUAAGGACU